AUGACUUUUAAACUGCAGCAUGCAUUCUUAGUACGGUGUGAGGAGGCAUAUAAUCUCGUUCAAGGGUUUUUAAAUGAUACUUUACCAACUGGGUUGGUGUCACAAAGGCGAGUCGGAUAUAUAUAUAAUCAAGCAUUAAGACAAUCUGUUAAAGACAAAGUAUUACUAAGUAUAGAAAAGUUAUCUGUUUCUAUAGAUAGACAUGGUUUGGAGGAAAUUGCCAUUUCAUAUAAUGGUGGGAAAGAUUGUUUAGUAAUGCUCAUAUUAAUAUUAGCCACCAUUCAUAAAAAGCAUUUGGCUAAUGCAAAUGCCCAUCUACAUAUUCCAAAAGAUUAUAAAUUAGAUUCAAUUUAUAUAAACUCAGAAACCCCCUUUCCCGAAGUAUCAGCAUUUAUAGAAUCAUCAACUAAUCAUUAUAAUUUAAAUCCUAUCACUAUAAAAUCAAAAUUAAAAGAAGGAUUUGAAUAUUAUCUUCAUGACGUCAAUACGAAAGUGAAAUGUAUCGUGGUGGGAAUAAGGUAUAAUGAUCCAUAUGGUAGUAAAUUGCAAUAUGAAGAUCCCACCGAUCAUGAUUGGCCUAAAUUCUUAAGAAUUCAUCCUAUUUUACAUUGGAAUUAUGUCGAUAUUUGGGAUUUCUUAAUCGGAUGUGAUUUAGAUUAUUGUUCAAUGUAUGAUGAUGGAUAUACUAGUUUAGGAGGGAUACAUAAUACUAUUCCUAAUCCAUUCUUAAAGAAAGAAGGAACUGAAAAUGACUAUUAUCCCGCAUAUACUUUAGUUGAAAAAGCCGAUGAAAGAGAAAGAAUGGGUAGAAAUGUACAAAAGACAGUAUAG